AUGAGCUAUUACAGCGGCUACUACGGAGGUCUGGGCUAUGGCUAUGGUGGCUUUGGAGGCCUGGGCUGUGGAUGUAACAGCAUCCGCAGACUGGGCUAUGGCUCUGGCUAUGGAGGCUUCGGAUAUGGUUCUGGCUUCGGAGGCUAUGGAUAUGGCUGCUGCCGCCCUUCAUGCUCUGGAGGGUAUGGGUUCUCCAGCUUUUAUUGAGUGAACUGCUGAUCUUCAGAUUAUCAUCAUUAUUUUGUUCAUCUUUAGAGAGGAAAAUGCUCUCUUUGUUAUAGAGAAGACAACUAUGGUUUAUUGACUUCUUGCUCUGGAAGGAACUGGCUUUCAAUUACUCUGGAUGAAUCUAUGAUCACCUCAUUGAAUUUAUGGCUUCAUCUAUUAUAUUCAGUCAAUAACAUUGUUGCAGG